GACACUAUAAGCAACAGACGGCAGGCGCGAUGACAUUGUCAGUCAGGCGGAAGGUCGAGAACAGCGCGCCGAGGGGCCGAAAGGGAACAAAACGGGGCAAGAUUGGCCAUGAUGUGGACGCGGUAGGGCAGACAGACAGCGAGCAGCAGCAGCAGCAGGGCAAUCAGCGGACAUCGGAUGACGGGCUUAGGGCUGAGAACAACAGGGAAGCCGUCGCAGAGUUGCCGAGCCCAGCGAGACCACAGAACCGGGAAGCGCGGAAGCGGCUUAGAUAAUGGAUGAUGGGGGGGGGUUUGGACGCUGACGGAUGCAGCUGGGCGCCCUUGCGGGCAUCCGCAGCGAGCCGGAUCGUCGUGGAGAGGGAGAGACCGGGCAGGGGAACGGAAAGACGGGAAAAACGGCACGGCCGGAAGAGGGAGAAGGGAUUGGACUCACUGGCCAGGAGCAGGGCGAGGGGGGGGAUGGAGGUGGCUGGCGGGUGGGUUGGAGGAGAGAGGGAGGGAAUGGGCGCGACGGAAGUAGUAAAAGAGCCGGAAUGAUGCAAGAGGGGGAUGAAGUCAUGCGGCCGAUCAUCAGGAGGGAGGAUAAAGCUAGCAAUGGAGAGAGGGAUGGGAGGGACGGAGGAGAUGAAGAAGCGAAGAAGCAGAAGAGGAGAAUCAUCAACAACGACGGUGAUCAAUCAGUUCAGGGUCGACAGGGCUGGCUGGCCGCUUUGCUGGCUGGAUGCCUGACGGGGGAGCCGGGGUACCGGGGUACCAUCAACCUCCGAUGCUGGUACUUGAGUCACUCAGCCUUGCUGACUGGCGAGUGAUGUACCGGUACACGGGAGAUACUGUAUCUCAGUAUCUGUCAGGGUCUGGUGGGUUCACCGCCAAGGCCGGAUCGCCGGGACCCGCGGAUUAGUCGAUCCGUCAGCCAAUUUGCGCUUUCUGGUUCGCGCUUUGCUUCCAACAAUCUU